AUCUCCACACAAAAAAACCACUAUAUAAAAAUCAAAACCCCCAAUUCGACGCUUUCACUCUCGCAUAAAACCGAAACCCUAAGUUUGGGCAUCUAAACCAGUUCGAUUCAAUCAUGGUUUGCAUCCGGCAAGCAACGAUCGAUGAUUUACUAGCGAUGCAAGCUUGUAACUUGCUUUGUUUACCAGAAAAUUACCAGAUGAAGUAUUAUUUUUAUCAUAUCCUUUCAUGGCCUCAACUUCUCUAUGUUGCAGAAGAUUACGGUGGUCGUAUCGUUGGUUAUGUCCUUGCUAAGAUGGAAGAAGAAAGUACUGAAUGUCAUGGUCAUAUUACAUCAUUAGCUGUUCUUCGUACUCAUCGCAAAUUAGGGCUUGCUACAAAACUCAUGACUGCUGCUCAAAAUGCUAUGGAACAAGUAUUUGGUUCUGAAUAUGUUUCACUUCAUGUUCGUAGGAGUAAUCGUGCUGCUUUCAAUCUUUAUACUGAAACAUUAGGGUAUCAGAUUCAUGAUAUUGAAGCUAAGUAUUAUGCUGAUGGUGAAGAUGCUUAUGAUAUGAGGAAGCAACUUAAAGGAAAGCAACUUCAUCACCGUGGACAUGGGCAUGGACAUGGACAUGGUCACCAUCACCAUCAUCAUGGAGGUGGAUGUUGCUCGAGUGAAGCGAAACCUGCAAAGGGGGGAGAGACUAAAGCAAUUGCUGCUGCUCCUGCUGAGUGAAAGUUAUACUGAGGUAAAAAAAAAUUGAUGGGAGUUAAAGGGGUUUGUUUGGGUAUGUUUGUGACUCUGUAUUUCUGUUUCUAAAUGCGUGCGGUAGUUUUAUGGAUGAAUUAUGUGCUAGAAGAAUGUCUUUUAUUUAUUUACUUGAUUAUGAAUGUAUGAGGAUAAACAUGUUUCGGUUUUGACAUGCUCAUUUAUAAACCUUGAAUUGUACCUCUCAUCUUAGAUUCAAUAUAUUUUUGAGGUUCAAGUAGA